AUGGUGGUGAUGGUGGUGGUGGUGGUGGUGGUGACCGCCGUGGCCAUCAUGAUUGUGAUAUUGGCUGUGUCCAUGAGCAUGGACGGAGUGGUUACCAUGGUUGUGCUCAUGCGCUUGGCCGGCGUGGUCACCAUGACUGUUUUCAUGCCCAUUGCCGGCAGCGUGGUCACCGUGCCUAUGUUCACACGCAUGGCCGCCGUCGUCGCCAUGGUCAGCAUGGGUGUGACUUGGCCCGUGGCCGUGCGCAUGGCCAUUCUGUGCCCGGCAGUGGACGGAGAUCUCGCAUUGGAGGAACCAGGGAUAGGAGGGACGAGAGGACCCGACGCUGUCCCUUCUCCACGCCCCGCCGAUCAACAACAAUCGAGUACACGGAAUCUGAGGCCGCAGUUUCUGGGGGCGCAGCUGCUGCGGACCGGCGGGGAGGCGAAAGGAUAA